AACAAACAUACAUAUAUGAUCAUAAGCCGUACACGUGACAAUCAUCGAGGGAGGAAAUGCUCUGUUAUACACUGGACCUCUUCAUCGUCAUCAGUUCAGAUGAGAUUGAAAUCGAAGCACUCACACAGACAGAACGAAGAUCAAGAAUGGCUCUCGAGGCAUGGUUAAUGGAUGAUAGCAAUGAAGAUCAGAGACUUCCUCAUCAUCCUAACCCCAAAGAGCUCCUCCCUAUGGAUUACUUGGCAGAACUGGGAGUAUUGUACUGGAAGUUGAACCCUGAGAACUACGAGAAUGAUUCCGAGCUAGCCAAGAUUAGAGAUGAAAGGGGUUACGAUUACAUGGAUUUGCUGGAUCUGUGUCCCGAGAAAGUCAGCAACUACGAGGAGAAGCUGAAGAACUUUUUCACAGAACACAUUCACCAGGACGAAGAGAUUCGCUACUGCCUAGCAGGAAGUGGCUAUUUUGAUGUUAGGGACAAGGAUGACCGUUGGAUCCGAAUUUGGAUGAAACCGGGCGAUCUAAUUGUUCUUCCUGCUGGGAUCUACCACCGGUUCACACUCGACACCAGCAACUACAUCAAGCUGAUGAGGCUGUUUGUGGGAGAACCGGUUUGGACACCAUAUAACCGGCCUCAGGAAGAUCACCCGGUUAGGAAGGAGUAUAUAAAGAGCUUAACCCACAAGUUUGGAGAAAGCAUUCAAGCUCAUUAAGCAGAUAGCACUGUGGUGCAUUUCUAUGUAUUGUUUACUCAGUUUUAACAUAUUUGUGCUUUUGUUCAAAUAAAAAGAUAAUAUUCGUCACCUAAAUAGUGAAAGUUGUUAAACUUUUGUUUGUUUAAUUUUACAUUUGAAAUGUAUUUUUAGCA